CCGGAAGUAGGGAAGACAGUAGAGAGAAGAGGGAAUAGAGGAGAGAGCAGAGAGGAGAGAGGAGAGAGAAGAGAUAAGAGAGAGGCUUGGCCAGAGCAUAAGAUCAGUCGAAGCCCACCGAAGGCCGACAAUGCACGUUGUGCGUGUGUGCAUGAUCUCCUGUGUGCCUGCGUUCUCGUUGUGGGCACACGCUCUCGCUGGGUCUUUCUCGGGCUGCUGUUCGAAGCGGCUCCCGUUAUAAAUCGUUAGUCUUCCUGUGGAGAGGGCGAAGACAGCAGAGGCUAUCGCUGGCUAUGGCGUCCCUCGUCGAUCUAGCAGCGAUCGACUCCAAGGUGGGCAAUGGCGUGACCAUUGAGACUUGGCCCCAUCCCACUGGUCCCACCAUCAAGGCAGAUACCAAUAUUUUCCCACUUCUGAAGGACCAGAAGGCCAAAAGUUUUAUUCCGCAAGUGUAUGAAGACGAUUCGGUGUUUAAAGACGAAACUCUGUUGCUCGAGCUGUUCCUGGACAUUCUGCGCGACCUCGACGGUGAAGAGGUCUCGAGUCAGGUGAAAAAGUGUUAUACGAUCGCAGCGGCGUAUUCAGAGUCGUUGAAUCUGAAUGUCCUCAACGAUCUCAUAUCGUUCAUUGAUGGAUUGCCACCGGCCAACAGCAUACUUAUUGCGAGUGCGUUCUCGCACAUGUUGAACUUAGAAAAUCUGGCCGAAGAGGUGCAGAUGGCCUUGCGAAGGAGAUCGGAUGUGAAAACCGGCGAGCUCGGGGAUGAGGGGAACGAACUGACGGAGUCCAACUUCACGGAAACGCUGGCGAAGCUGCUCAAGCUUGGAAAGUCGAAGGAGGAAAUCUUCGAGGCGUUGAAGUCGCAAUCUGUCGACCUUGUACUAACAGCACACCCAACACAAUCAGUCCGGCGAUCUAUUCUCCGCAAGCACUCAAAAAUCAAGUCAACACUGCUGAGGCUUCACGAAAACGCGAGUACACUCAGGCCAAACGAUAUCAAGGAAAUUGUCGAGGAACUUCACCGGCAGAUCCAGGCUGCAUGGCGAACGGACGAGAUUCGUCGGGUUCAACCAACUCCUCAAGACGAGAUGCGCGCUGGCAUGAGUUACUUAACGGAGACAAUAUGGAAUGGGGUGCCUCGUUUUCUUCGAAGAGUCGACACCGCACUGAAGUCCAUCGGGAUCGAAGAGCGGUUACCCUAUAGCUGCAAGAUACUCCAAUUUAGCAGCUGGAUGGGUGGUGAUCGGGAUGGAAACCCGAAUGUCACGUCGUCGGUCACUCGAGACGUCUGCCUCUUGCUCAGACUCAUGGCUGCUAACCUUUAUUAUUCGCAAAUCGAGCCGCUCAUGUUCGAGUUGUCCAUGUGGAGAUGUAGCAGCGAGUUGCGGGAGAAACUUCAGAGUACUAACCAAGAUGUAACCCGAAGAGGAUCUGUCAAACACUACCAAGAGUUUUGGAACGUUAUUCCGCCUACGGAGCCUUAUCGAAUUAUUCUUGGUAUGGUGCGCGACAGACUUUUCAACACCCGAGAAAGGCUGAUGCACCUGCUUCAGGGGGGGAUAUCACCUAUCCAAGAAUCGGAGACAUUCACCUCAGCUGAACAGCUCAUGGAACCUCUUGAGCUCUGCUACCGCUCGCUUUGCGAAACUGGAGAUAAGAUCAUUGCAGAUGGCACUUUGCUGGACUACAUGCGGCAAGUCACCUGUUUCGGUCUUGGUAUGGCAAGGCUGGACAUCAGGCAGGAGGCGGAGCGGCACGUGGAGGCCCUUGAUGCGAUAACCCAGCAUCUUGAGAUCGGAUCGUACAAGCAGUGGUCGGAAGAGCAGCGACUGGAGUUCCUUGUGAAGGAGCUGCAAAGCAAGCGGCCGCUUAUCGGACCUUACCCUGUGGGGAAUGCAGACGUCAGAGAGGUUCUGGAUACUUGUCGUGUGGUUGGCGAACUGCCAUCGGACUCGUUUGGUGCGUACGUUAUCUCGAUGUCAACCGUCCCGUCUGAUGUUCUCGGCGUUCACCUGCUUCAGCGUGAGUGUGGCGUCAAGAAGCCGUUGCGCGUUGUUCCAUUGUACGAACGCCUCCAAGAUUUGAUGAAUGCGGGCGAUAACUUGGAGAGACUGUUUGCGAUCGACUGGUAUCGAAAACAAAUCAACGGCAAGCAGGAGGUGAUGAUUGGUUACUCCGAUUCGGGCAAAGAUGGAGGGCGGUUGUCCGCGGCCUGGGCUCUCUUCCAAGCACAGGCGAACGUUGUGAAAAUCGCGGAGAAGUACAAUGUCAAACUGACCCUCUUUCAUGGCCGAGGAGGAACAAUCGGCCGUGGUGGUGGUCCCACCCAUCUUGCCAUCCUGUCGCAGCCGCCGGGAACAGUGAACGGGUCGUUGAGGGUGACGAUUCAAGGGGAAAUCAUUGAGCAGUCGUUUGGCGAGGAGCAUCUGUGUUUCCGAACCCUUGAGCGUUUCACUGCUGCAACCCUAGAGGUGGGACUCAAUCCUCCCAAGCCGGCGAAACCUGAGUGGAAAACCCUAAUGGACGAGAUGUGUGCUGUCGCGACAGAAGAAUUCCGCAGGGUUCUACAUGACAAAAGGUUUCUUGGCUAUUUCCACUCGGGAACACCUGUUCUUGAAUACGGAAGAAUGAACAUCGGAAGCAGGCCGUCCAAGAGACGCACCGACCAGGGUAUCGGGUCGCUUCGUGCCAUUCCGUGGGUGUUCGCUUGGACCCAGACCAGAAUUCAUUUGCCAGUCUGGCUUGGAGUUGGUGCAGCCUUAAAAUAUGCCAUCGAGAAGGAUCCAGCGAACCUAGACGUCCUCCGACAAAUGCACAGGGGGUGGCCAUUCUUCCGUGUAACACUCGACUUGAUUGAAAUGGUUUUCGCAAAAGGCGACGUUCGAAUCGCAAUGUUAUACGAGAAGAUGCUUGUCUCGGAGGAGUUCCAGACGUUGGGGGAAGAGAUUCGAGCCAACUUCCAAAACACACGUGAUCUUCUUCUGAAGGUGGCGGACAUCCCCCGGACGUUGGAUAAUAAUCCAGCGCUGAAGCAGCGAAUCAUUCUGAGGGAACCUCUCACAACCCCACUGAAUGUGCAACAAGUGAUUACUCUGAAGAAGAUGCGAGAAAUGUUUGUUCUCGGCGCUCCUCCGGCUAGCGAUGUGCAAACGAUACGCGACGUCGUGACGCUCAACUCCGACAGCUCGUACGCUCCCGGGCUGGAAGACACUCUCAUCCUCACAAUGAAGGGUGUCGCUGCAGGCAUGCAGAACACAGGCUAAGAUGUGCCAAGUACGUGCGACAUCAUAUCUCGCUCAACUCUGACUGGCGACUUGCACGCUCCCGGCCUGCAAGUCUGGAAUACAUUCUCAUCGACGCCUUCGAAGGGUGUUGUGCUGACCUCAGAGUCUCGUAGCAGCUGACGUCUGGCGCCAGAACUUGAUUGGGGGGGGGGGGGGGGGUUUGAAUCCUGCCCACGUGUUUUUCACACACAAGCAUGCAGAACACAGGCUAAGAUAAGAAAGAGGUGCAAAGUAUGUGCAACGUCGUCGUCACCCUCGAUCAACUCUGACAGCUCGCGCUCCCACCAGCCUGGAAGAGACUCUCGUUUUUGCACGAUGAAGAGUUUGUUGCUGCAGGCAUGCAGAACACAGGUUAAGCACAGUCGUCUUCCCCCCGCCCAGAAAUCACAUCGCGCGGGAGAUUAUGAAUGAAUGUAUUCAAGGUAUCUUUGUGCUCUGAUGCGGUCAGGGUGAAGAUGCGCUACACUCGGGGAAAGAAUCUAGAAUCUAGCUUGCCUGUCUUGCCAGCUACCCGUCGACAUUACUGUAAAAGAUUCCAGGCUCACUUCUCUCAGAGAAGGUGUGUUCAUUGUUACACUUAGCAGUUUUUUUGCAGACAGUUUUCACUUCUUGUUGAUGUUGCGGCUGGCUGGCUGAUUUAUAUAUACACUUACUAGAUGGCUCGUUCAUAUAUACGAUAUAUAUAUGUCACAGCCCCUCGUUUGUUGUCCUCUUCUCCCUCUCUGCCUACGGUUUACCGGGCAGUUCUAUUUGACGAUAUAUAUAUGUAUGUACUAUAGUUAUAUUUGCAUAUAUGUACUUAUACAUAUAUGAUAUAUAUAUAUACAUAUAUGUACUAUAUACAUAUAUGAUAUAUAUAUACAUAUAUGUACUAUAUACAUAUAUGUAGUAUGUACUAUAUAUACAUAUAUGUAUCACAUACACUCACAUCAUCAGUGACAUGUGUGUGGCUUGGUCUCUAACUCUGGCAAAACAGAAUGCUGGCUGGCUAGCUGUCAGAGUAUCCGAUUGUCGCUGGCACAUAUAUUUAAUAUUAUUUAUCUACACAUACAUUUUGUCACAUGGUCAUAAAGUAAGAGACCAUCUCUGCCCCCACCGGCGGCGCCAACCGCUCAGUGCGCGCACCGUAACAUCCAACCGGCCCUUCAUUGUGAGGUUGCUAUGCAUGCAGGGGUUCCCUGCAUAACUCUAGUAAUAGUGGUAGGUAGUUUGAGAAAGGUGGAUUCAGAGAAGAAUACAGCUUAGUUAAAAAAAAAAAAAAAAAAAAAAAGGGAGCGCAUCUCUGAAACAAACACGAAAAUGGAAG